CUCGUAGUAAUCGUCGCUGUCCUGAGUUAGAGGCCAAUUCAGGUGAGAAGAUGGCUGAAUCCGGGAGGAGCCCGCCCCUUUAGAGGACCUUCUGGCCUCUCCGGAUUCGACUGCAGCAAAAUUUGUUGACCUACAGAAUGCUACGAUACCCAUAUUUCUGUAGACUCUAUAAAGAAUUUAUCUCAUGCUGUUUUGAACCUGGCAUGCUAAAUUUAGGUACCUGGCCAAAAAAUAUACAUACUACAGCAGAAAGAUAUCAUGAAUGUGAAGCCAAGGAACAAACAUGCAAAACUGGAGCUCAAGAGUUAUGCCUAAGGCAUGAUGGAGAUUCUGAAGCUGCAGCUAAAUUACAUAAGCCUGUAAUGGUGGAUGAAGUUGUUCAAUGUUUGGCACCACAAAAAGGGCAGAUUUUUCUAGAUAUGACAUUUGGUUCAGGAGGACACACAAGAGCCAUUCUACACAAGGAAUCAGAUAUUACUCUGUAUGCUGUAGACAGAGACCCUACCGCUUAUGCAAUAGCUGAACAGCUUUCAGAAUCAUAUCCUAAACAGAUCCGAGCUAUGCUAGGCCAGUUCAGCCAGGUGGAAGCCUUAUUAAUGAAAGCUGGAGUGCAGCCAGGGUCUUUGGAUGGAGUUCUUUUGGAUCUUGGGUGUUCCUCCAUGCAACUUGAUGCUCCUGAAAGAGGUUUUUCCCUUCGGAAGGACGGCCCCUUGGACAUGAGGAUGGAUGGUGGCAGGUACCCUGACAUGCCCACCGCUGCUGAUGUUGUGAACGCUUUAGAUCAACAGGCACUUGCAUCCAUCCUGAGAACAUACGGGGAGGAGAAGCAUGCUAAGAAAAUCGCUUCAGCAAUCGUUCAGGCACGCAGCAUCUACCCUAUCACCAGAACCCAGCAGCUUGCCAGCAUCGUUGCAGGUGCAUUUCCUGCUUCUGCUACUUAUGCACGAAAAGACUUGCUCCGGCGAUCUACUCACAUUGCUACCAAGACUUUCCAAGCUUUUCGCAUAUUUGUGAACAAUGAGCUCAAUGAACUCUACACAGGACUGAAGACAGCUCAGAAGUUUUUGAGACCUGGUGGUCGUCUUGUUGCUCUCUCCUUCCAUUCACUAGAGGAUCGCAUAGUCAAACGAUUCUUACUUGGGAUAAGCAUGACAGAAAGGUUUAACCUAAGUGCUAGACAAAAGGUGUUACAAUCAUCACAAUUGGGUUCAGGUCAAGAAAACAAAGAGGAUGUCUCAUUAAAGGCUCCUUUAAUGUGGGAAUUGAUACACAAGAAGGUGCUUACUCCAGAAGAUCAGGAUGUACAGGACAACCCCAGAGGGCGCUCAGCUAAACUCAGAGCAGCUAUCAAAUUAUGAGAAAAAAGUUAUCAUAAUCUGACCGUUCAAAUUUUUCCUGACAAUUUUUUUAAUCUUUUUAUGUGAUGUUACUGAAAAGCUUAAUACACAAAGGUGAGGGAAAGUCUGGAAAUUGACAGUAUUUAGCAUUAUUUUUUUCUUCAAAAGGAAAUAGUAACAUGACAAAAGAAGUUCAACUCAGCAUCAUUUCAAAACUGCAAAAAAGUGUUUAUCUUAUUACAUUUUACUAUUGAAAUGCAGUCCUUUCUCUGACAAGGAAAUUAACAAAAAAUAAAACUGUUUUUGUUAUCUAUAUAUGUAAACUCAA